GUGAUGACCACAGUUUCGUAUAAAAGCGCAUUCGUGUCACACAGGAACCACAUUCGAAAUCAUAGUUCCUUCCAUUGGAUUUGAUUGGUAGUAAUCACCUCUUUUAAAAUGAAAUUUCUCGUAGUAAUCUGUCUUACAAUUUUGGCAGUAGCUUCAGCCAAUGUGAGCAGUCAACCGCCUGCGGUUAUUAUAAAACAGAGCCAAGAUAUUUCGGCUGAUGGAUCCUAUUCCUUUUCUUAUGAAACCGAUAAUGGAAUUUAUCACUCUGAAAGUGGAACUCCCGUAGUUACUAAUGCAAGAAGCGCACCUGUCGUUGUUACUCAAGGAGAAUAUCAAUAUUAUGCACCCAAUGGAACUCCGAUUAAAAUAAAAUAUGUUGCUGAUCAAAAUGGAUUUCAACCUGAGGGCGAACAUAUCCCUCUUAUUUCUGCAUCAAUCAAAAGAGCACUUGAAUACAUUAGAACACAUCCACCACAACCUGAACAAUCUAAUUUGAAAUAAAUUUGUAUUCCAUUUUUUUUGAACAUCACCAAAUAAUAUUAUAUUUUGUACAAAAUAGAUAAACAGUAAUAAACAAUCAUUAACUACCUUAAA